AUGGCGCGCGCUCGACCUCGGGGCCACGCCCUCGCGGUCGCGGUCGCGGUGACCGCGGCGCUCGCGCGCGCGGUGGGGGGCAUUCGCGUCGAUCGCAUCGGGAGCAGAGACAUCGCGCGAGGACGCAUCGGUGAUGCGCGCGUCGUCGCCUCGCUCGGCGGGCGCGCGGUGACGGUGAGCGACGACGCGAUCGCGAGCGUCUCGCUCGUCGAUGGCGCGCGGGCGUGGCGCGUGACGGCGGAUGAUGGGGAGGGGUUUGAGGGAUUCGCGAUGGACGCGGCGCGCGGACGCGGCGGCGCGGCGAGCGGACGCGCGGCGCGGAUGAUGGACGUCGUGAGGGGUGGAACCACGACGUGGGAGGACGUCGUGGACGUGGGGGGGGGUGUGGAACGGGCGAACGGGGGGGCGGACGUGGAGAUGACGCGGGAGACGUCGACGUAUCUCUCGCGCGGGGCGGUGGCGGCGUUCGAUUCGGCGUCGGGCGAAACGAAAUGGCGCGCGGAUCUCACGAGCGCGGUGUCGAGCGCGGGAAUGGGCGUGCGUUGGGAACGCGUGUUUUAUGGGUCGUGCGGGGGGACGAAGGGAUCGACGUGCGCGUUCGUUCUGGGGAGGGACGUCGAGCUCGGGACGCCGUGCGCGGCGGAAUUGGACGCGAGCGACGGCGGCGUCGUCGGCGCCAAGUGCGCGGCGAAUAAGUGGGCGUUGGCGGAGGAUUCUCCGUUUGUCAUCACGCGCGAAGUGGGGAGCUCGAAGACGCCGCGCGCGUUGAUGAUGACGCGCGAUGGGGGGUUAGCGAUGGCGGAUGUGGGCGCGUUGGCGACUCGCGGGAAAGGCGUGUCCGCGGCGAGCGUUCCGGGCGCGAUCGGCAGCCGUGUGACUUCCAUCGAGGAUGUGAUCGGAAUCGACGUUCUCUCGCGUGACGCCGCGAUGUCGAUCGGUGGCGUCGUCGUUCGUUACGCCGACGGUUCGAGCGCGCUCGUGAAGACGGAUGUCGCGAAGGGCGCUUUAGAAAUCGUCGUCUCGCACGACAACACCGACGACUCCCGAACGACGUAUUCGCCGCUCGUGAGUUCGGGUGAGAAGUCAGUCGUCGUUGUCGUGCGAUCGACGUCUCUCGGCAAUGGCGUGAUGCGGUACAAACACGUCGCCGUGACCGUGAGCAGUGGUGUGUCGAGCGUUUUGGGUGUCACGACUCGCGGCGAUCAUCUUAAACGCUCGUCGCCGCUUCGCCGAGCCUUCGCGAUACCGCGCGGAGCGAGCGGUUGGGCGACGAUCUUGGUCGACGAAGAUGCGACGAUGAGCUUUCACGAAGGCGACGUCGUCGUCUGGACGCGAGAGGAGGCGUCGAGCCAGGCUGAACACGUCGUGUUCGGUUCGCUCCCUGUGGAUGAAUCGGUUUACGGCGAGACAGGCGCGACGGAGAGUUUAUCCUUGUCCGAGCGCUUGGAGCUUCAAAAGCUCAUGCUCAAGGCACGUUUCCAACGAGUAAACAAAGCCGAGAUGAAGCGUCUCGCAGAGCUGCGCUCUCGUGCGGGCAACAGGAAUCUUGCGCGCAGAGACGUAAAUGGAUUCCGCAAGUCAAUCCUGGCUCUCUCCCCGCGAGGCUCCCUCGUCGCGAUGCACAACGGUGACGGGCGAACGCUCUGGCGUCAGUACUUUGGUGGUGAGGGUUUCGGGAAGUUUGUUCGUUUGAUGGCGUGGAGACCGCUUAGCGGAGACGAAAGCGUGGAGUACGCGCUUGCGCUCGCGACGACGGCGGAUUCCUCCACGUUUGUAGUCGUCAACCAGUACACCGGAGACAUUUUCGGUGAGCCCGUUACGGUGCGAACGCGAGCGGCACACGUGUUACCCAUCAAGACUUCUGGUGGUAGAGACGCCCUAAUCGUCGUGGACGGUGAGGGGAAAACGGGCUUGUACCCAGAGGCCACGCGCGCCGAAGUCGCCGUCGGUCUCCAUCGAUUGUCCUAUUACACCAUCGAUCGAAACGCCAACGAGGUUCGUGGAUACAAACUGAUCGAUGAAUCUGGAUCGUUCGACUCCUUACACGCAUGGACGGUGUCGUUCCCGUCGGACACGGGAUCGAUCGUCGGCGUCGCCGCCAAACCUCCGAGUGGAGAAAACGUGCACUCGUGGACGCGCAUCCCGGGCGAUCGAUCGACGCUCUUCAAAUAUCUCAACCCGAACGUCGUCUUCGUCGCCACGAGCGACGGUGCGUCCGUACGCGUGACCUUACUCGAUGGUGUCACUGGUAGGAUUCUCUACCGCGUUCGUCACGGUGACGCACGCGGUCCAGUGCACGCCGUGGCGUACGAAAACUGGGUAACGUAUCACUACUUCAACACCAGGGCGCGACGAUACGCGAUGAGCGUGCUCGAGAUGUUCGACGACGGCGACGACAGGCGCAGAUUGGAGGUGAAAAAACUCGUGUAUGAUGCCAUCGUCGGACGCGAACGCAACGAGACGUCGAGCUCGCACUCGCCGCCGCCUUUGCGCGUCAUCGGACAGAGCUACUUCAUUCGUCCCGAGGCCAAGGUGCUCGCGGUGACGCGCUCGGCGCGAGGCAUCACCGAGCCCGCGAUUCUCAUCGGCACCGCGAGCGAUCAGGUGAUCUCGCUGGAUAAGAGAUUUUUGGACCCGCGAAGACCGACCAAACCCACCGCGGCUGACAACGAGGAGGGAUUGAUCCCGUACGCCGAGGUGCUUCCGAUUUUCCCGCAGAGUUGGAUCACACAUCGCGAAGUCGUCAAGCGCUUGCGAGGCAUCAUCACCGCCCCCGCGGACCUGGAGUCAAACGUUCACGUCUUCGCGUACGGCCUGGAUAUGUUCUACGCCAGAAUCACCCCCAGCGCGUCCUUCGACGCCCUGGACGACGACUUCAAUUUCGCCCUCCUCUCCGUCACCCUCAUCGCCCUCGUCGUCGGCGCCGUCGUCUCCAAGCGCGCCGCCGACGCCGCCGAGGAAAACCGCGCCUGGCGUUGA